AUGGCUUACAGCGAGAAGACAGAGGAUGAAAGUGUCAUCGAAACCGACCUUCGGCACCUGGAGCAAGCCGCUCCAGAGUCUAGAGAGAAGGUGCAGGGGACUGAGGUGGGCGAGGUUUUGCCCCGACCGUCCAAUGACCCUAACGACCCGCUGAAUUGGUCUUGGUGGGAGAAGCACUUGGCGUUAUCUGUUGUUGCCGCUCAGACGUUCCAGGGCGGCUUCGAUGCGGGCUCCGCUUCAGCAGGGCUCAUUCAACAGUCAGCGAUCUACCAGGUGUCCGUAUCGAGGAUGCUACAGGCCACCAGCGCCUUUGCGCUGCUUAUGGCAUUCGGAGGUUGCAUCUGGGUCCCUUUUGCGCAUCGUUACGGCAGAAGACCCAUCCUCAUUCUGGCUGCUCUGAUCGCGGCGAUGGGAACUUUGGCCGGUGCUGUCGGUCAAACAUAUGGAGUCUUUGUCGGGUCUAGGAUCCUCCUUGGCUUUGGGGCAUCAGCGUCAAUGUCGUUGGGCUCACUGAUGGUAACAGACAUGUUCUUUACCCACGAGCGUGGCCAGAAAAUGGGGAUCUGGAUCGUGUUUUUUGCUGCAUCACCUUAUCUCUCCACUCUGCUGGACGGUCUUGUCGUCUAUUAUGCCGACUGGAGGUGGAUGAUGUGGGUUACCUUUUUCAUGUGGUGUUUGCAGCUUGUGUGGGAUGUGUUCCUUUUGCCGGAGACGCUGUAUCAAAAGAGAGGAGACAUUGAUCCCGUUCCCCAGAAAGAAUCAUGGCUCCAUCGUCUUCGCUUCAGGAGAUUUGACGGUCACCUUACUGCUGAAGACUUCUACAAACCAUUCAUGCUCUGGAAAUACCCUUCUAUCAUCUUCCCGGCUAUCUAUUACGGGAACAUGUACGGGUUUUGUGCCUUCGCCAGCUUGGGCAUCCUCCCAUACGCCUUUCCCGAGAUUUAUGGCUUCAGCCCAAUCGGGCAGGGUCUGAUGGCUUUGCCUUUGUUUCUCGGCACUGUCAUUGGGGAGCCUCUUGGGGGCCCUUUCUCCGACUGGGUGUUUAGAAUUCGAUCGCGAAAGGCCGGGGCUCGCCACCCAGAGCAACGUCUGCAGGCAAUUUGGCCGGGAGCCAUCGUUGUUCCAGUCGGCCUCGCCAUGCUUGGACUCUUUCUACACUUUGAAGUUCAUUGGAUUGGACCCGCCAUUGCGAUAUUCCUCUUCUCCUUGGGAAUGCAAAAUGUGGUUACCGUGGUUAUCACCUAUUCUGUAGACUGUUACACGCCACUGGCAGCAGAGAUCGGCUUAAUCUCCAACGUCGGCCGUCAGCUGUGCAGCUUCUACGUUUUCUUCUAUCUCGACGCCUUCAUCGUACGUGCAGGCUUCGGAUGGGUCUUCGGUACAUAUGCGAUUGCAAUCACCCUGCUCUUUGGGUUAAUACUUAGCUUGAUGAAAUGGGGGAUGCUGUGGCGACAGAAGCUGGCACUUCCAUCAUACGCCCACGCGGCUCGUGGUUAA